AGACUCUACGACGUUCACUCUCACUUCAUCACUUCAUCACUUCAUCGCUUCAUCGCGUCAUCACUUCAUCACUGGUGCUGAAAGAUCACGAUGGUGAAAGCACUGCUGCUCGUGGCGCUGCUGACGUUCUGCUGCUGCAUCACCACGCUGCACGCUAUGCCUCGACACAGCUGUCGCUGCAUUCACACCACGUUACAGCGCAUCCCGACGAGGGCCAUCUUUAAAAUGGAGGUGAUUCGUGUGUCAGGACAGUGUCGUCGCACUGAGAUCAUAAUCACCACGAAGAGGAACUUCACUGUGUGUGUGGAUCCAAACGCGACAUGGGUCAACGGGCUUCUCUCUGAGCUGCAGAAGAAAUGAUCUGCCUGCGUCAUAAACAGGACUCAUGAAGCCUCACUCGCUCUGUCGCAGUUGUCAAACGGUGAAAUAAUCCUUCUACUUCAUAGUUCUUCAUUCUAUGAAUCUUUCUAUUGAUUUUUCUUUGGAAAAUAAAUCUAAUAUAAAAUGUUACCAUGUUGUAUGUGUCACAGAUUCCACUCUGAAGAUGUUUUGUUUUUAAAAACCUUAUUUCCGUAUUGUUUUACACAAUAUAACAAAUAAAAGAAGUCAAACAA